AUGUCAGGUAGUUGGCAAAGUUCUGUCCCUAUCGGCGUGAUAAGUCAAUCAGAGUGCGACCACUCCACAGAGCUUUCUCGAAGGACGUCACGUUGCUUGACAUUCAGAAUCUGAACAGAUCAAUACAUUUUUCUUUCUGUGGUGCGAAAAGGGAACAUUUUCUCUUAAUUUUUCAUUUUUUUUUCAGGCGCCCCAAUCUAUUUGAAAGAACUAACAAUGAGGUAUAUAAUAUUGCAUCAAGCUAUUUUUAAUAAACCAGUUUCAGCGAUGACGGAUGGGGAACACCAUCGGCGGCUGCGCCUCCUUCAUUCGAUCGAAGUAAGUUUUAAUAGUUUCAAUCUUUUUUGGUUUUCACAUGGUUUUUCUUCAUUUUUCAAAUUUCUUUUUAAGAAGAAACGGCUCCUGCCAACGUGGGUCGAUUUCCAUCAAGCGACCUCAGUUCUUUUGGUGCUAAGCCAGCUGUCGGGGGCUUCUUGAGCCAGUCCAACGGCGCUACUAACGGAAUCGGAAAACCGAGCGGCUUCGGAGGCGCUGGCUUUGGCAGACCAAAUGACAACGAAGCCAACAGAAAUUUUUCUAAUGGAAUCACUAACAAGACGAAUGAAGGUUUUGGCCAAACGAACCCAAACGGCGGAGCCCAAGCGAAUCCAGGCGGCUUUGGAGGGCUAGCAAAUCAAGGUGGCUUCGGAGGACAAGCCAGUAGAGGCGGCUUCGGAGGACAAGCUAGUGCAGGAGGUCUUGGAGGGCAAGCGAGUGCCGGCGGCCUCGGAGGACAAGUCAAUGGAGGCGGUUUCGGAGGACAAGCCAACGCGAGUGGCCUCGGAGGACAAGCGAAUCCAGGCGGCUUUGGAGGACAAGGGAAUGCUGGAGGUCAAGCCAAUACUGGUGGCUUUGGAGGACAAGCGAAUUCCGGUGGCUUCGGCGGCCAAGCCAACGCGAGUGGCCUCGGAGGACAAGCGAAUGCCGGCGGCUUCGGAGGGCUAGCAAAUCCAGGAGGUCUCGGGGGACAAACGAAUGCCGGCGGCUUCGGAGGGCAAGCCAAUCCAGGAGGUCUCGGAGGACAAACGAAUGUCGGCGGCUUCGGAGGGCAAGCCCAUCCAGGAGGUCUCGGAGGACAAGCCAAUGGAGGCGGCUUCGGUGGAAACUCUAACGCUAGUGCCGGGGCCUUCGGACAAUCUAAUGAGGGUGCCGGCUUCGGCAAAUCGAACAGUUCCGAUGAACCAUCGAAAGUCGGUCCUUCUGAGGGUCAAACGAACACUGGCGGGCUCGGAAAUCAGUUUGGUGGCUUCGGCGCGCCGUCUAGAGCUGGUGGCUUCGGAGGCGGAGGUUUCGGCGGCCAAGCCAAGGCAGGCGGAUAUGAUCAGCCGAGCGGAGGCUACGGCCAAUAAAUCUGAAUCGGCUGGAGGUUUCGGCUCCGGUUUCGGUGGCGGAUCGAAAUCUGGCGGAUUCGGCGGUUUUGGAGGUUUUCCUGAUCGCAGAGGGUUGGAUGAAGAAAAUGGAGGUUUACUUUUCUCAGAUACACUUCUAAAUUCAUAUUUUUUCUUGAGGCGGUGGUGGAGGUAGAACGUGCCACAAUUGUAAACAAGAGGGUCAUUUCUCUCGUGAGUGCCCAGAGCCCAGAAAGCCACAAGGAGGUAUCUCAUUUCUUUUCUUUUUUUAGCUCAAUAUGAAAUUUUUUUUUUCAGCGUGUUUUAAUUGCCAACAAGUUGGACACAACUCCCGCGAUUGUCCCGAACGUCAGUGAAGAUAUUUUUUUGCUCAUUUAAUUUCAGUUUACAUUUUCCUCUCAGCUACAAAACUCUUCCCUUCGAUGCGUGCGAUAUUAUAUCUGCCUGCGCCUUUAAUAUAUUUUAGGCAAAUAAAAGACGCAGGCAGAGAAACAUCCCGCGCGCUUCGAACGGAAUGUCUAUCUAUCUCUGCAAGUUGGCGCGGAACGGCUUAUACUGAUUCUUGAGAAACAAUAUUCAAUUAUUUCAGCGCGCACUCAAAACAAUGGCGGCGGGAACUCUGGUUUCGCAAGAGGCGCUACCGGCGGAUUCGGCAAUGAAGGCGGCGGAAGUGGCUUUGGAAACGGCAAUGGGUUCGAAGCUCUCGGAGGAGGAGGAGAGUCUGGUGGAUACAAUCGAUAUUUCCGUAAAAACAACAUCCAAAUUUGCAUAAAAUGAAGAAGUUUCAGGCGACGGCGGUGAGAAUGCUCCUCAAAAGUGCUUCAAUUGCCGUCAAGAAGGUCAUCGUUCGGCUGAAUGCACAGAGCAACCGAGUCCGUCUUUCCAUAAUCUAAAUGAACAUUUUCCAAAAAAAACUUUUUCAUAAUGAAAUUUUACGCGUUUUUGAUAAUUUUCCCAUUCAACUUUAGCAUUCUCGAGUAAUUCUUGACUCUAAAGAGGAAGGCAUUAAAAUGAUGAAAAGUUUCCCAUUUUAUAGAAACAGUUUGAUCGAACUCAAAUUUGAAGAAAUCGCGACAAACUUUUUUUUUCAGAAGAAAAAAAGUUUUAUCAUGCUUUCAGAAUAAUGUCCAAGUACAAAAAGUUUUUAAGUUGACGGUUCCUUCAAAACAUUUGCCAGUCUAAAUUUUUGUCUCAUAAUUUACGGUGAAACUCUUUCAAACCAUCCACUUGGCAAUCUGCCGGCCAGUGCCUGAGAAAGAUUUUGAUGAUUUAUUUCAGGAGGUUGUUUUAAUUGCAACGAGCAAGGACACCGGUCGUCCGAGUGCCCUCAGCCGCCCAAGGAACAAGAUAUUAGUUAGAACAAAAAUAUUGAAACCAUUUUUCAUAACUUUUUCAGACAAGCCACCUGCGUCGACGUUCAUCCCGGAAGAAGACUCACUCGAGGCUCUGUUCAAGCUGAAGAUCGACGAAGGCUUGAUGUUCAACAACUUUUUCAAUGCUAAAGUUGAAGUCACUCCACCAAUGUCCUAUAAAACGAUCAUGUACGUUUUGAGCUUGGAGUAAACUAGUCGAUUCCUACUUUUUGCAGGUCGUUCAAUGAUGCAAAUCUUCCUCAGAGAGUGCUGGACAACGUUAUUCAUGCUGGCUACACCAGAACCACUCCGGUUCAACAGCACUCCAUGGCGCUCAUCGACGCCAGUCCGUUCACUUUGAUCUUUGCGGAAAUAAUCAUUGAAUUCAGAAUACGAUCUCAUGGCUUGUGCUCAGACUGGCUCUGGAAAAACGGGUUAGUAUUUUAGAAGUUUCUUGGGAAACGAGUUGCAACUUCAGUUUUCCGGUCCUUCAAAAAGACUUUUUUCAGAAUUCUUACAAAAACUCUUACUAGGGAACGUUUUGCCAUAAUUUUCGUGUUUUACGAACUUUGAAGCUUCAUAACUCAAACUAAAUGUAUUGUGAGAAUUUAAAAAAAAAGUGUUCCUUAGUCAAUCAAAAAGACGCGGUUUUGAAGCAAAAAAGGGGGGAAAAUUUAACUCUGAAUGCGGAAUCUGAUUUUUCCCCGUCAAAAAUGAUUUUUAGCUGCAUUCCUACUUCCCAUCAUGAGCGACUUAAUCCAGAGUGAUGAAUUGAAUUCGGCAGGCGAAGGAGGAUGUUAUCCGAGGUGUAAAUCAUAAGUUUCAAUACAACGUACUGCUUUCAGGUGCCUCAUUGUGACUCCUACGCGCGAGCUGGCCGACCAGAUCUACAACGAAGGAAGAAAGUUUGCCUUUAACACGGUCAUCACGAUCAAACCAGUUUAUGGAGGGACCCAAGUCAUGUAUUCGAAGAAUUCUCUGCAACAAGUUUUGGUCACAUCAUCGAAUAGAUGAAACUGAAUUUUUUCCAGGGAUCGUCCAUUAUCGUGGGUACCGUCGGUAGAUUGAUGCACUUUAUCGAGGAAGGCAUCAUUCACCUCGAUAAAGUUUCAAAUUCUCCAAAUCGCAAAUAACCUGGCCGACUCAGGUCAAGUACGUGGUUCUGGAUGAAGCCGACCGCAUGAUCGACGCUAUGGGCUUUGAGAAUGAAAUUCGUAAAAUUAUGGAGCAUCCGACGAUGCCAUCCAAGAAGCUGAGGCAGAUGCUCAUGUUCAGGUAUAGUAGGAUAUAAUUUUCUCGAUACAACUUUCUUUCAGUGCCACCUAUCCGGAAACGGUCCAGAAAGUGGCAAAAGACUUCCUGAAGGACGACUACGUGAUGAUCGCCAUUGACAAGAUCGGAGCGGCGAACAAAUGCGUCCUUCAGGUAAAAAGGACAUAAUUGCAGUUGAAACUUCAAGCUUAAAUGUAAUGAGUCCUUGAUUAGGUGAUCAAUUUUUAACUUAAUAACUUACUUGAGAAAACGAAUGUGAGGAUCCUGAAUGGAAGCUAAAAAGGUUCCACUAAAAGCUCCAAAGAAUGACGUGAAAUAGCUUUUGAGCUCGUUUUUCACAGAAUCAGCGGAUUCUUCUUGAAUCUUUUUAGUUGCUUCCCAGCUUCCUUUUUUGUUAAAGGAUGUGAAAAAGAUGCAAAAACGAGAUAAAAAAAGAUUUACUAGGGACCCUCACAAGGUCUUUUUCUAGAAAAGUUUGGGGAGCUUUUCCCUUUUUCCGAGUUUAAGCUUUAAGACGGUUAUUUUUUUAAUUCUUUGGGAUUGCAAAUUUUAAUAUUUGACGCAUAAACUUUCAAUCCAUAAUUUUUAAUAACAGGAAUUCAUAUAUUGCACCCGUGGAGAGAAAAAAGAAAAGUUCUUGGAACUUUUGGGCGUCGACAUUCAGAACUACUCGACCAGUCGCGGUUUGUGGAAAUUGAAGUCACUUUGCAAGAAAAUAAUUUCUCAGAGUGCGACAUUUAUAAGAAGAAGACCAUUGUGUUUGUCAGCCAAAAAAAGUUUGCUGACACACUUGGCGGCAUACUCUCCCAGACUGAUAUCCCAUCGAUAACGGUAAGGGAGUUUUCCUUUUGUUGGAUGUAAAAUUUGAAUUCUAGAUCCACGGAGAUCGUCUGCAAGCCCAGCGUUCCGACGCCAUGCGUCAGUUCAGAAGCGGAGCCAAGCCGGUAGAUAUUCAUUUCUUAUUUUUCUAUCGUAAUUUUGUGUCGUUUAGGUUCUCAUUGCUACUGCUGUCGCUGAGCGUGGUCUCGAUAUCAAAGGAGUUGACCAUGUCAUUAAUUACGAUCUUCCGCAGAGUGUGGAUGAUUAUGUUCACCGAAUUGGAAGGUUUAGGAACUAUUUUCAAACUUGAAAAAGUAAUUAAUCAACGUUUGUUUCAGAAAAAGCUAACCAACUAUGAUUAUUAUUUGAUAAAUACGACAUUUGCAUAUUUCAGAACUGGUCGCGUUGGUAACGCUGGUCGUGCCACUUCUCUUGUGACGGACGAAGAUCGCGCGAUUCUUCCUGCCCUGAGACAGCUUCUUGUCGACGCUGAGCAGGUCAGCUUCAUAGUUUGAAAGCCUAUUCUCAUUCAUCUGGGUCCAGAUCGUACCGGACUUUAUGGAUGACGGAACCGGCGGGUGCCGCAACGGAUUCUCGGGCUACAGCGUCGAUUCCCAGAAGGCGGCCAACGAGGAGGAGUGGUGA